AUGUCUCGUCAGCUUCAGUAUAAACUUGUUCUUCUAGGAGAGUCAGCAGUGGGCAAAUCAAGUCUGGUUAUCCGAUUUGUCAAAGGAAAUUACGAGGAAUUCAGGGAAAGUACUAUCGGAGCUGCUUUCCUAACCCAAACUGUCGCACUUGAGGAUCAAACUGUGGUCAAGUUUGAGAUAUGGGAUACAGCUGGCCAGGAACGGUACAAGUCGCUGGCACCCAUGUAUUAUCGCAACGCACACUGCGCAGUUGUUGUCUACGAUAUAACGCAACAGGCAUCUUUGGACAAGGCCAAGACUUGGAUCCGUGAACUCCAGCGACAGGCUGACCCAUCCAUCGUUAUCGCACUGUGUGGGAAUAAGUCUGAUUUGGCUGCUCGUAGGCAGGUUACUCAAGAGGAGGCAAAGAAAUAUGCUGAUGAAGAGGGAUUGAUGUGGGGAGAGACUAGUGCAAAGUCCGGGGAAGGUGUUCAAGAAGUAUUUACUUCGAUUGCCCAAAAACUUCCUCUUACUGCGUCACCUCCUGCGUCAGCGCGAGCUGCUGCAUCCAGUGCGAAGCGUGGCGUGGAUCUCAACAAGGGCCAGGGUGGAACAGGCCAAGGGGAAGCAUGCAACUGCUAA